AUGUCUGCCUGGCCGUCUGUUCAGUUGCCUAUCUAUCUAUCUAUCUAUCUAUCUAUCUAUCUAUCUAUCUAUCUAUUUCAGUCUGUUUAUUAUCUAUCUAUCUAUCUAUCUAUCUAUCUAUCUAUCUAUCUAUCUAUCUAUCUAUCUAUCUAUCUUGACGUAAACACGCAGACAUUGGAGAACUGCUACCCCUUCCUUCCUUUCAAAUCUAUCUAUCUAUCUAUCUCUCUAUCUAUCUAUCUAUCUAUCUAUCUAUCUAUCUAUCUGUUUUACAGUUCAUAUCUAUGUCAUACUGUUCAUAUCUAUCUAUCUAUCUAUCUAUCUAUCUAUCUAUCUAUCUAUCUAUUUUACAAUUCAUAUCUAUGUCAUACUGUUCAUAUCUAUCUAUCUAUCUAUCUAUCUAUCUAUCUAUCUAUCUAUCUAUGUCAUACUGUUCAUAUCUAUCUAUGUUAUACUGUUCAUAUCUAUCUAUCUAUCUAUCUAUCUAUCUAUCUAUCUAUCCAUUUCAGUAUCUAUCUAUCUAUCUAUCUAUCUAUCUAUCUAUCUAUCUAUCUAUCUAUCUAUCUGUCUGUCUGUCUCAUACUGUGCAUAUCUAUCUAUCUCUCUAUAUAUAUGUGUGUGUUUGUGUGUGUGUUAUACUGUUCAUAUCUAUCUAUCUAUCUAUCUAUCUAUCUAUCUAUCUAUCUCAGCCUGUUCCUAUCUAUCUAUCUAUCUAUCUAUCUAUCUAUCUAUCUAUCUAUCUAUCUAUCUAUUCGUGUCAGGCAAAUAAAAUUUUAUUUUUUUGUCGAUCUAUUUUCAUUCAUUUAUAUCUAUCUAUCUAUCUAUCUAUCUAUCUAUCUGGUUCUGUUCAUAUCUAUUUAUCUGUUCAUAUCUAUCUGUCUAUCUAUCUAUCUAUCUAUCUUUUUUAGUCUAUUCAUAUCUGUCUAUCUAUCUAUCUAUCUCAAAUCUGUUUAUCUAUCUAUCUAUCUAUCUAUCUAUCUAUCUUUUCUAUCUAUCAUACACAUUCUAACACACACAAAAGAUAUAUAUAUAUAUGUAUUUAUAAAUGUCCUCAAAAUAAAAAAUAUGCACAUAUCUUUAAAUGAAAAUAAACAUUUAUAUUUUUUUUAA